CAAAACCCAAACCCUGAACGCUUUCUCCUUCCCUGUCCCAUCUGGCGAUGUCGCACUUCGGGCGAUCCGGGCCUCCGGACAUCAGAGACACGUAUUCCCUCCUCGUCCUCAACAUCACGUUCCGGACGACGGCAGACGACCUCUUCCCGCUCUUCGACAAGUACGGUGAGGUGGUGGAUGUCUUCAUCCCGAGGGAUCGAAGGACUGGGGAUUCGCGAGGUUUCGCAUUCGUGAGGUAUAAGUAUGCUGAUGAGGCACAGAAAGCCGUGGAGAAGCUCGAUGGGAGAAAUGUGGACGGCCGAGAAAUUAGGGUUCAGUUCGCGAAGUAUGGUCCAAAUGCUGAACGGAUUCAUAAAGGGAGAAUUGUGGAAGAAGUACCAAGGACCAGUGAUAGGUCUAGAAGCCGCAGCCCAAGGCCAAGGUAUCGAGAUAGAGAAUAUAAGAGGCGAAGUCGAAGUCGAAGUCGAAGUCGAAGCAGGGGGAGACAUGAGCGGGACAGAUACCAUGACAGGGAAAGGGAUUACCGCCGAAGCCGAAGCAGCCGAAGUCCUAGUGUAAGUCCUGAUUACCGCAGGCAUAGUGGUAGAGGCAAGUAUGAUGAUGAGCGAAGGAGUAGAAGUCGUUCUUAUAGCAGUGGAUCGCCUAUCCGCCGUAGCCCUAGUCCUAAAAGGAGUUCAUCUCCUCAUAGUACACCUCGCAAGGGAAGUGCUGAUGAAAAAAAUCAUGAACCAUCUUCACAUUCCCGAAGUGUUUCACCAUAGUGUUUCACCUUUGAAAGGAAACACAAGACACUGUUCAUGAUCCCUGUCUCCAGAGCAUUUGAUUUGAGGUUGCAUCUCCAAAGAUGUUCCUGAUAGUGGCUGUGCGAAUUGUUGUAGCUGCUAAACUUCUUUUCAAGCUCUCUCCAUUUGAGUGAAGUCGUAGUGGCUGAGAGUGGCUGACAUGUUGCUGAUGUCAUAAUUGUUGCUGAUUUUCUUCCUUGAUAAUGCUGAUGUCCGUGAUAGUGGUGUUCGUAUUUUGAUCGUAAGUAUCACAUCGUACUGAUGUCCAGACAGAUUAUAAAGGAAGAGGGGCCAUCUCUCAAACAGAAAUGUUGUCUACCAACGUACUGCCUAAUCUAUUGGUUGAUCCAAAAAGAGUAGUAGCUGUGAUGGCUGUGUACAUUAAUCUUUGUUGCACCCACAAUACCUGAUGACUCCGUGUAGGCUUUGGAAAAGUAGUGGUAAAACCAUGUUGCAACUACUUAGGUAUGAGUUCAAUCCAACUUUCUAUCUCAAACAUGCACAUGAACAUCAGUAAACAGCAGGCUCUAAUCGUCUUACGUGCAUAGUCAUAGUUGAAUUGGUGCCCAGCCAAAUUUGCUGUAUUGAGCACAUAUACUAUUUUUCUUGUGUGUUUUCAGUCUCCACAUUGGUGACUCUUUUCUUGUUUGGAUUUACAAUUUGUAAGUUGUAGCAAUUCAGUAGGCAAAGGGAAUGUUUGUCACUGGUAUGUAUUUAAUAAGUUUUGUGUGGGUCGUGCAACAUGGACCCCAGUCAAAGAUGUGAACUAUUCUCAUGGGUGAGCAGAUCAAAUGAUACC